AUGGCCGACGACCAGCUCAUCCUCCCCAUCAUCGACUCCCACAUCCACCUCUACCCCAGGUCCGAAGUUGAUUCUCUCGCCUGGUGCGCGCCGUCCAACCCUCUCUACGGCCAGCGCUCCGUUGCCGAAUACAAGGAAGCCGCCAAAUCAGCCCCGUCCCUCCUCGGCUUCGUCUUUGUGGAGGCGGACCGCAAACACGACCUGGAUGCUGGGGAAACCGACGGCUCGGGCUGGGAGGCCCCCCUCCAGGAAGUCAACUGGAUCAAGAGGGUCGCCCUCGGCCAGCCAAAAGACGGGGAGGGCCACACCGCCGACGAUGCGAAGCUGUGUCUGGGAAUCGUACCCUGGGCACCAAUGCCCAGCGGCAAGGACGUCAUGGUGAGGUAUAUCGACAAGGUAAAGGAGGAAGCCGGGGACGCUUGGCCCAAGGUCAAAGGGUUCAGGUACCUGCUGCAGGAUAAACCCAACGGGACCAUGUUGGCAGACGGCUUCAUCGAGAGCCUGAAACUGCUGGGCGAAAGGGGGCUCGUGUUUGAGGUGGGCAUUGAUCAGCACAGACGGGGAAAGAAGCAGCUCGACGAGCUGGUGGAGAUGAUUGACAGGGCUCAUGACGGGGUCGAGGAGGACAAAAAGGUCACCAUCAUUUUGAACCACCUCUGCAAGCCCGACCUUAGCAUUUACAACCUCACGUCCGAUCCCUCCUUUCGCGCCUGGCGCACGGCCAUGUACACUCUCAGCAAGGCGUCGAGCAUUUACAUGAAGCUGUCUGGGGGGUUCUCGGAAAUGCCCGAGGCCCUGCGCGCCCAGGACCCGGCACACAUUUUCCAAUCGACGCUGGGGUGGCUGGGCAUUGUGCUGGCGACAUUUGGCCCGUCCCGAAUCAUGUUUGGUAGUGAUUGGCCAGUGUGUACGUUGGAGGGAAUGGGUGACGAGGCAUGGCCGAAGUGGAAGGAGGUCGUGGAGAAGAUGUGCUGGAUGGCAACAUUGUCGGAUGAGGAGAGGGCCAUGAUUUUUGGCGGCACGGCCAAGAAGGCGUAUAAUUUGUAG